CCGCCCUGUAAUGUAAUGUUUGGAUUUGACUGCCAUGUGUGUGUCGGCCUCUGUUGAUGACACACGCAGAGGAAUGAAUCUGGCACAUAGCGCCCACUGCAGUCUGCACACUCCACGCUCCUGAAAUCACGCCUCGCUGCCUCCACUAAUUGGUGCCAGUAAACACAGAGACGCUGCGCCGUGGCGUGGAGAGCUGGAGCUCGAGCUCGCUCACCUGCUUUUAAUUGGACUAUCGCGACAAGUUGUCCGAGUGACGUGGACGCGGAGUGGGGGUCUGAAAUUUAGAGGAGCUUCACAGGAGCUUGACAGAGCAGCAGGGACACACACACACACACACACACACACACACACACACACACUGAGAGAGACCGAGGACUGCUGCAGUCGUCCAGCCGAGAAACGCGCUGCUCACCAGGCCAAGUCAAGCGAGGUUGUGUGUGCGCGCUCUGUGGAUGGAUCAAUGAUGGAUGGACGGACGCAGGACAGACUCUGAGCCCGUGGACAUGGACCACCACUAACACAACAGGAGCAGGAACGUUUGACUUGUUUUAAAUCGUCGGUGAAAACUCUGGAAUCGACUAAUUUCUUUUUUAGGACGCACGAGCAGCACCGUUCUAAUUCCCGGUAUCACAGUGAGCACUGAAGCCCGUUUUGUGAUCCGUGCGUCCCCGCGUCUGGAGCCAUGGGCUGUACGGUGAGCGCCGAGGAUAAGGCUGCCGCGGAGAGGUCAAAGAUGAUCGACAAAAACCUCCGCGAAGACGGAGAGAAGGCUGCCAGAGAAGUCAAACUGCUCCUACUAGGUGCAGGGGAGUCUGGCAAGAGCACCAUCGUAAAGCAAAUGAAGAUCAUCCAUGAAGAUGGCUACUCAGAAGAUGAGUGUAAGCAGUACCGAGCAGUGGUUUACAGUAACACCAUCCAGUCUAUUAUGGCUAUUGUUAAAGCCAUGGUCAAUCUGAAGAUAGACUACAGCAGCCCUACCAGAGUGGACGACGCCCAGCAGCUUUUUGCCCUCUCUGCAGCAGCCGAAGAGCAGGGCAUUCUUCCCGAUGAGCUGGCCAACGUGAUCAGACGGUUGUGGAGUGACAACGGCAUACAGAGUUGCUUCACAAGGUCGCGGGAAUACCAGCUCAAUGACUCUGCCGCAUAUUACCUGAAUGACCUGGAGAGGAUAGCUAAAGCAGAUUAUAUCCCCAGCCAGCAGGAUGUUCUGCGAACCCGUGUCAAAACCACUGGCAUUGUGGAGACUCACUUCACUUUUAAGGAAUUGCACUUCAAAAUGUUUGAUGUGGGAGGACAACGCUCGGAGAGAAAGAAGUGGAUUCACUGCUUUGAAGGAGUCACCGCCAUCAUCUUCUGUGUCGCACUGAGUGCCUAUGACCUGGUGCUGGCUGAGGAUGAGGAAAUGAACCGAAUGCACGAGAGCAUGAAGCUGUUUGACUCGAUCUGCAACAACAAGUGGUUCACUGAGACCUCCAUCAUCCUCUUCCUCAACAAGAAGGACCUCUUUGAGGAGAAGAUCACUCGCAGCCCCCUCGCCAUCUGCUUCCCGGAGUACACAGGAGCCAACAAGUUCGACGAAGCAGCCAGUUACAUUCAGACCAGGUUCGAGGACCUGAACAAGAAGAAGGACACCAAGGAGAUCUACACCCACUUCACCUGUGCCACAGACACCAAGAACGUGCAGUUUGUCUUUGACGCCGUCACCGACGUCAUCAUAAAGAACAACCUGAAAGACUGUGGUCUUUUCUAAAGGCCUGAUUUGCUGUGAUGGCUGUGGAUCCCCACUGAGCAGGAUGAGCUUUGAUGAGUUUUUGCAAUGCAGGAUGAUGAUGAUGAUGAUGAUGAUGAUGAUGAUGAUCCCUGAUGCAUACAGACUGCAUGAGACUGCAAACAGCCCUGUGAUGAUUAUUGCUUUUCAUAAUGAAAACCCUAACAGAGUUGAUUCCCAGGGGAGG